GCCUGCUUAUCAUCAUUAUCUACUAGCGGGCCACCAGGAGCGCCUGGAAGAGACGGACAAAAAGGAGAACCAGGCGACGAAGGACCUCCAGGACCAACCGGUCCACAAGGAGAACAAGGAUAUCCAGGACCUCCUGGAAUGGAAGGUGAGGCAGGUGACAAAGGACCACAAGGACCGCAAGGACCCCGAGGCCCGGAAGGAGAUCAAGGUCCAAUAGGACCAAUGGGAGCAGGAUAA